AUGUCUACAGAGGACCGAAAGCGACUACACGAGCAGUUUGUCGAGCGUUUUGGCGCAAUAGAAGAGAAGAGACAAAACAAACGUCAACGAGUCGGUGAACCGCCACAGCAAAAGCUGAGCCCUCUUGAAGUACAAGUGACAGAACUGAAGGCUCGAUAUCCUGACUGCCUCCUCCUAAUCGAAGUAGGAUACAAGUUUCGAUUCUUUGGAGAGGAUGCUAAAAUUGCAUCAAGAGUACUGCAUAUAGCAAACAUGGUCGAUCGUAACUUUUAUGUGGCAAGUAUACCUGUACAUAGAUUAUCGGUGCAUGUUCAAAAACUAGUGGAUGCAGGAUAUAAAGUGGGUAUCGUCAGACAGACCGAGACAGCCGCCUUAAAGGCUAUUGGAUCCAACAAAAACCAAGUGUUUGAGCGCAAAUUGACUCAGGUCGUAACAAAAGGAACCCUGGUAGACGAAAUGUAUGAGCCAGUAAUGACCCAUAGCUCAGGCUAUUUGAUGUGUCUAAUUGAGGAAAAGCGAGGGGGUAGUGGUGCUGAUGAGCUUGUACAUAUCGGCAUGGUCGCCGUUCAUCCAUCGACAGGUGAUAUUGUCUAUGACACCUUUGACGAUGCCUUUAUGCGGAACGAGCUCGAAACACGGUUGAUCCAUAUUGAGCCUAGUGAAAUCCUCGUACCUCAGAUCAUAAGUGUGCCUACUCAAAAACUGAUUCGUCACUUCACAGUUGGCGAGGGUGCGGUGAGGAUAGAAAAAAUGCCGUCAAGUGACAAUUUUUGCACAGACUAUAAUGCGGCAAUGACAUAUGUCUCGGAAUUCUAUUCCGAAAGUGAGAGAGCUAAAGUGCUAUCGACUGUCAUGGAACUUCCUGGGAUCAUCAUUAAAGCACUUGCAGCCUUGAUUCGUUACCUAAAAGAGUUUGGGCUAUCCAGUAUGUUCCACGUUGGUAAAUACAUUAAAAACUUUGUGUCUAGAAGUCAUAUGCUACUGAAUGCCAACACCUUGGUCAACCUUGAAGUGUACCGCAACAGUACAAACUACAAAGAAGAAGGCUCUCUCUUUUCUGUUUUGAACCAUACGCAAACAAAAUUUGGUCAACGGUUGCUUAAAAGAUGGGUGGGUCGUCCACUGAUUGACGUUAAGAAAUUGAAUGAGCGAGUGGAUACGAUCGAAGAGUUAAUGAUGACAGAUAAUCCAAAGAAGAACAAGUUGGUAGGACUGUUAAAGAAAUUACCCGAUAUAGAGAAGGGAGUCUGCCGCAUUCAUUAUGGGAGGUCAUCUCCAACUGAGCUAGUACACGUAUUGGACGCUUUGGGAGCUGUAUCGACGCUUUUCAAUAAUGAUAUAGAACCUCGAUUCCAAUCCGAGAUGCUGAACAGAUUGUUUGAUACAUUAUCAACUAUUCGAGAAGACAUUUUAGAGUAUAAAGAGAUGGUUCAUCCUCAACAUGCUUCUGACAAAACUAAGUUUUUGAAAUCAGAGAAAAGAUGGCCAGAUAUUCCUCGAGAAAAGAACAAUAUCAAGUUUGUGGAGAGCUUAUUGCACGAACAUCUUGAAGAGAUGAAGGCUGCUACAGGCUUGAGUGAUUUGCAUUAUGUUGAAGUGGCUGGAGUUGAGUUUCUAUUGGAAGUAGCCAAUACAAAGACAAAGUAUGUACCAGCAGAUUGGAUAAAGAUAAGCGGUACAAAAGCAGUAAGCCGAUUUCAUUCACGUUAUAUCAUUCAACAAUUAAAGGAAAGAGAGCAACACAGGGAAAGGUUAGGUCUACUGGUAGAUCAAGCCUAUAAAGAUCUUCUUGCAGAUAUUUCAGGAAAAUAUGAGUCAUUUCGAGACGUUGUAUCGUGUCUUGCUCAACUUGACUGCCUCUUGUCUUUAUCUGUAGCAUCCAGCCAGCCUGCUUAUAUUAAGCCUGUGUAUAAAGAAGAGAAAUCAAUACAUGUCAAGAAUGGUCGACAUCCUAUUGUCGAAAAACUUACCACAUAUGUGCCCAAUGACAUUCAUUUUGAAAAUACCCAGACCACCAUGAUUUUGACAGGCCCAAACAUGGGUGGCAAAAGCUCCUAUAUCCGCCAGGUUGCCCUUAUCUGUAUGAUGGGCCAGAUCGGCUUAUAUGUGCCUGCAGAGUCGGCUACUCUUUGCAUGCUAGAUGCAAUCUAUACCCGAAUGGGCGCCUCUGACAAUAUGAUAAAGGGUGAAAGCACCUUCAUGGUUGAACUGCACGAGACGUCAGAUAUAAUGAAGCAUGCUACGUCAAGAUCCUUGGUCAUUUUGGACGAAUUAGGUAGAGGCACGAGCACGCACGACGGACAGGCUAUUGCCUAUGCUACACUUCGAUAUUUUAUAGAGCAGAUACAAUCGAUUACCUUAUUUGUCACGCAUUAUCCAUCCAUGAGCCAAUUCGCUACCUUAUAUCCAAACCAUGCAAAUAAUUACUAUAUGGACUAUAUCGAAGAAAUGAACCAAGCUGAUGAUAUUCCGAAUAUAGUGUUUUUAUAUAAACUGCGUCAAGGCGUCAACAUGAAAAGUUACGGGAUGAAUGUAGCUAAAUUGGCGAAUAUACCAAUUGACAUAAUCAAAAGAGCCAAAGAGAUAUCCAACAGUCUACAAGAGGAUGUUGAACAGAGGCGACAAAGAAAAAGACACGUCAGUCUUUUGAAAAAACUCAUGUCGAAUGAAAACAGUUUUGCUAUAAAAUAA